AGCAGGAAGUCUACCGGCACACUUCUCUGUGGCAAACCCGCAGAGCACUAUCUUCAUUCUUUUAUCGGGGAUUAAACACACUGGUGUGCAGUAAAAUAUAAGAUACUUACGGUUUAUUCGACAGCGAAGAUAAGCUACAAGCAAAAGACUCAAAAGCAUUUUUGUUUCCGCGUCCGCUCGGAUCGUGGUAUCGACAAAAGUCAGCGCCACCGAGAGAAGUGAACUGUUAUGGUGUAUGAAAUUUAAGAGCACCCCGGAAGACGUGCUUGAAUAUCACAAUGGAUGUCCCACACCUAACUGAAGAUGAAAUGGCUGAGAUAAAAAAGGAAGCUCUGGAGAGGCUACGGCCGUACCUGUGUGAUAAAAUCAUAGCCGACAGGCACUUUGACUACCUGCGUUCCAAGAAGAUCCUGACCCGGGAAGACACAGAGGAGAUCAGCUGCAGGACCACCCACCGGAAGAAGACAGGGAAGCUCCUGGACUACCUGGCCGAAAAUCCCAGAGGGCUGGACGCCCUGGUGGAGUCCAUCCAGCUGGGCCGGUCCAUGAACUUCAUCAUCGCCAAAAUCACAGACGAGGUCCAGAAAGUGAAAAAUGAAAAAAUUGAAUCCAUUAAAGCGGGAGCCUCCUGCAGCACUUGUGUGCCGAAGUGUGUGGGGGCGACGAACGACCUCUCCCGGACCCUCUCCAACGACUCCAACUUCGAGAAGGGCCACGACUCCACGCUGCUGUACCACCCUGAGGGGGAGUGGAGCUCCAGCUCCUCCGCACUGGGGUCCAUGAAUCUGCCCUGUGGGCUGGACAAGGACGUCCCGCUCAGCAGCACUGUUUCCGGGUCCUCCUCGGCAGCUCUGCCCAAGCCCGGCGACCCUGGGGCGCCCCCGCUGCCCGACGAGUUGCAGGCGGAGCCAGAAGGGGCGUGUGGGAGCACCAGCAGCACUGAUGCUCUCUUCCAGCCCCUCCGCUCACGCUCUCUGUCGCCGCCCUGAUGGUGUGGUGCUGGGACUGCAACUUGUCUUGCUUUGUGAGGAGUCAGCAAGGGCAUGUGCACUCGUCUUCAGGCAUUCAGGACUUAAAGCUGGUUAGUAUGCCUGUGAUCUACAGACCCUCAAGGAACUUGCCUGCCUUCCUCACAGCUGUGUUUUCCAUCACUGCUUGUUCCAAGGACAUCUUCCCUCUUCCCAGGGAUUUGUGAUUUUGCAUCUUUAGGUGCUGCUUAUCAGUGUUCACACAGUGAAAACCUCCGCAAAGUGUUUGUCUCAUUGCUCUCACACCUCUUUCGCUGCUCUCGGGUUGAAAUAAUCUGCAGUCCACUUGUGCAGAGAUCUUUGCUGCAGAGUCCAGUAAUUUACGAUGGAAAGGGCUAAAAAAUCUACAAAGGUCCUAACAGCCUGUCUUAUCUGAUUUUUGUACAUGACUGUUAAAAUCUGAAUGGUUACAAGUGCAAGGAAAAUAUUCAGCCCAUGAUACAGUUCUUAGAAACUUUAACAAUAGUAGAACUUCCUUAAACUGCCUUUGGAAAUAUCAGCAUCUGCACAGCUUGUUAGUUGUUCUCUUCAGGUGUGCUGCUUUAAUAUUUUCAAAGAAGAAAGGGACCCCUAUUUCCCUAAUACCUGGGGACUCUUGAUUUCAUACCUGUAGUGUCCACAGCAGUUUGUGAGUCAGCUGGGUUUUGACUUUGGAUUUGAGCUGUGUGUGCCUCGGGGAAGGUUUCCUGAUUGGUGCUGUAGAAACCUGUUCUGCUCAGACAGUAUGAGAUAUAAUCUCACUCUGGCAGGAACAUCCCUGCUGGAACACUUGAGCUUUCUUAAAAAUGUAAAAAAUAUGAAUCACUGGGAUGUUAGAGAAGUGCGGAAACCAGCUACAUGCACAGGCACAGAGCUGAAAUAAACUUGUGCCUACAUGUUUGACAUACAGACUGUAACAAAUACUUCCAUAUUUUAGCAUUCAGUAAAUGCAAAAAAAAACUGAGAAUAACUUUAACUGUCGAUGCAAUUAAAAGCUAUGUAGCCUACCGUUUUUUUAUACUGAAAUGAAUUGAUACAGUGUUGGACUGAUCAUUCACAAUAUGUACUGUCAUUGUGACACUUGUGCAGUGAUAAGUUACUGGAAGAGAGAAGUGACCAGUAAUUUUACUCAUAAGAAAGCUAUGGCAAACAGGAAAGGGGUGGAAGUUUUCUAAUAUAUCUUUACUAAAAAAGAAAAUUUUAUAGAGAAAUGCUGCGGUUUUGUUAUUUUAGAUCUUAAGUAAAUUUGAACUAUAUCUCAAAGCAGUGUUUCUCUUAAUCACUGUCUAGAACACAGGCGAUUCGUCCUGUGCUCCUCCAAUAAAAUAUUUGGGAUAACAUUCUAGAGAGGCCUUAACUGUCAUUCAGACACAUUUAGUAUUAAACUUUUGCAUAUAUUUUCUACAUAUAUCUAACAAUCUUGUAGUAAAGAUCUUGUGAUCAUGAACCAGUUUAUUAUCCUUUUAUGAUAGACAAUUAUGUAGUCUUAAUUGCCUAAGUUCUUGGUUUCUUUUACACUUGCAGUCCAUAUUAUUGUCCUUUUGAUCUUCACUAAGACUUUUGACUGACUACUUAAAAUAUUACCUACACUACUUUAAAAACAAAAUGACGCACAUUGAAAAUAUUGUUUUUCAGGAAAUCUGAGAUUUCUUCUUUUUAUAUUUUCAUAUAAAAUUAGAAAAUGCUAAAAAUAUUCCGUUGGUUCUUGCUAUUACACAUGGGUCUUCAUCCCUGGUCCUAGAGAGCCCCAGUUCAGUUAGUCUUAGAUCGUCUCUUUCUGAAGAUUGGGAACAUCUGUGAGGUAUGGAUCAUUUAGGCGUUUUAUCUGUUUAAUUAAGAGAACUCUGGCUUUGAGAACUGAAAGUACUUAGAUUGACGUUGAGUGUUUGUGUGUAUGUAACGUAAACUAUCUGUGUGGAAACAGAUACAACUCAAGAAAAUAUUUGAUCACUCUCCAUUUAUCCCAGUUUCUGACAGCUGUUCCUGUUUUCCAUUGUAUUAUAAACAAAACCUGUAAGUGUGCUCUGCAUUGCCCCGAGUAUAGAACUGAAAUUCUCCUACAGUAUGUUCAAGGUGUGUGUUUCUGCACCACAAUAAUUCUAGGAGUCAUUAUACUCUGUGGUUACCUCACCCUGAUCUGAGCUGCUGACAGCUUGCUCCCAGUUUAGAUAAUGAACUGAGUAAUAAAUAUUCCCAAAACUGUGUUUUGCUUUAGAUAGGGAAUUUCCAAGUUCAGACUUGGCUUUGUGAUUGUGGGGAUAAUGUUUCAGUUUUUAACCUUCUAAACCUGUUAUUGUGAUUGCAAGUUGUUAGGAGAAUGUGGGUGUUACUCUCCCUUUUCAUAUAUACAGAAAUUUACAAUGAGAUAUUAUGAUUUUUUUUCAUUUUUUCUGUUUUAUUCUGUUAUAUCACAUUUCCAACAAAAUAGUAUAACCAAAUUUACUAUACUGCAGAUAUGACACUUUUUGUCAAUCUGAAAGCAUUAUUGCCACUUUCAUAAAACAAUUUUAGAAAGAAAAUGAACUUUUCCUGGAACUUCAUUGGACACCGUACAAAUUGGUUAAACUGCUAUUAGGAAGACCUGCUGCACAUACAGGGUAUGGCCUUGAUCCUGUGAUUCUGGGAUAGACUCUGUGUUGUCAUGACCUUCACCAGGAAUGAGCAUUAGAUAUUAGAUGGAUAUUAUUGCAGGCUCUUCUUAUAGUUUGAGACACUUUCUUUUGGACUUUGUUAUACUCCUGUGUGUUCUGAUUGCUCAGUUGGUGAGGUCUCCCAUACAGCAAUGUGACCAGAAUUUGUCUGGAUUUUGUUGUUAGAAAAAAAGAAAAUGUCAUGGAUUCCAGUGGAUGACUGUUGCAGUUAAUAUAAAAUGUUAAUUAAAUUGAUAAUGAAAAAACCAA